UCUGAAACAACCGAGAAAAUCGGACUUUCCUUGUGAAUUUGGGUGGUUUGAAUGAUAUGGUUGAGUUUUGGUUCCAGUAUUAGGACUAGGGGUGUUUCUAUCGGGUGUAUUUGUCCUUUGAUGUUUUGUUGCGGACAGUUUGGAAGUUGGGCGGGGAUAUGACGUCAUCAAAACACGCGUAUUCAAUUUCUUGGGGGCUGUCGCCUUCAUUAGAGAUGACACUAUGCACGGAGGGCGGACUUCGCGCCGGCUACACUGACUUCUAACCCUAUUUUACCCGUCUGGAGGACCAGGAACGCGCUAGAAAUACAACAGAAGAGGCAGGGAAGGCCUCGAGGAUGUCAGGGAAGUCAAAAUCGCUCGCUCGGGUGAAGAGCGGAGUCGUCGAGGUGAAAAGUAAGUUCGACGCCGAGUACCGGCGAUGGGCCCUCGACAAGACGACCAUCGAAAAAUUCGACGAUUUCUACCAACUUGUUGAGCGGAGACACCACCUCGCCGACAUUCCUUUUACCCUGUGCUACACGGACCCGCACGGGGAUCUCCUGCCCAUCAACAACGAUGAAAACUUCGUCAAGGCCAUGAGCACUGCGGCUCCGGUGGUCAGACUUAUCGUGCAAAGAAAAGGUGAAGACCAAGGAGAAUUCAACGGUUACGGAACGCUGAACAAGAGCAAGAAGUUCGGCCUCCCGGGACCGCUGUCAGCACAGAAGCCGAAGCCUCGUCUCCAGAUCAGCCAACCGCAAGACUUCCGAAGAGUUUCCGCCAUCAUCGACGUGGACAUUGUUCCGGAGACGUACCGCAGGGUCAAGUUACACAAGCACGGCUCCGACAAACCCUUGGGGUUCUACAUCCGCGACGGCACGAGCGUGCGCGUCACCCCGCACGGACUCGAGAAGGUUCCCGGGAUUUUCAUCUCCAGACUGGUUCCGGGCGGUUUAGCGGAGAGUACCGGAUUACUCGCAGUGAACGACGAGGUUUUGGAGGUGAACGGGAUCGAGGUUUUCGGGAAGUCGCUGGACCAGGUCACGGACAUGAUGGUGGCCAACAGCCACAACCUGAUCAUCACGGUGAAGCCCGCCAACCAGCGGAACAAUGCAGUGCGCAAGGGCUCGCUCAGCACCUCCGUGGGGUCCGGGCAUUCUGCGGGGUCGUCAACGGACGACAAACGAGAGUUGCUCAACGAAAAGGGGGCGCGGGAGUCGUCGUAUUCUAACGACGCGUAUCACAACGAUGAGACUCUGGAGGAGGAGGAAAGUGACGAGGAAGAGGACAUUAUCAGAGACGUGGUCGUCACGAAAACAAACGGUAGCGUGCCCUCCUCGGAACAAGAUGGUGAACAGGAAGAACAAGAAGAAGAAAAUGAGGCGGAAGAAGACCAGACCAACAGUAAAACAGACCAGGACAGUGCGGUAUACACGCUAUGAUGGGGGAGGGGGGCGUUACGGGCUAGUUACUUGUAAGUACUUCUAAUAGACAAACAAUAGAGAAUAAUAUGUGAAGAAACAGGAAGCCUGCAGUGGUGUGGUACUAGUUAUGGAGAAACUAAUUAAAGGCAAUAGCUGCAACUAAACAAAGGUGUAUAGAAAUACUAUUAACAAGCCUUUAAUUCAGUGGUGGGCAAUGUUGACAGAAAUGCUGGAAGAAUUUCUGACGAAAUAGUUGUAUUAGGUAUAACAUAUACAGUCACAGUUGUCAAAAAUCGUUCUUUUUACUAUGAAUUGUGAAACUGUGGGUUCUGCUGCAAGGAAAGAUUCGACAAUGUUUUUAUGACUGAAGAAACUUCUGUUGCGACUAGGAAAGCAUCAGUUGAGUCCUGCAAAAGAUGUCAUGCACACUUAGUAGGUAUACAGUCUAAGCAAGUUCUUCAGAAGCCAUCUUGCAUUCCGAUCUCUCUGUAACUCUGUGCUGGCCAGUAUCUGCAGCGAAAGUACCAGAACAUGUUCCAUGCUUCCCAUAUAGUUUACCCAGGAAGAAUUUAUGAAACAAGAUGCAAACGAUGAAGCAUAGACAGUCAUCAAUGUUUAAAGUUGUUCUUUGUGUGUGUAUAAAUUACUACGAUUAUUGUAAAUGGUCACCACCGAAUUCCUUUUGGGUAGUAUUGGGGUAUAUUUGUUGUUUGUUAUGUAAAAAGAAAUCCUUGGGUAUGAUUCUUACCGUGAAACUUUUACCUGAAGCAAAAAAAUGUCAUGAAGUGAAAAAGUUUACAGUUAAGAUGGGUCAGAGGUCACUGGCACUUACUGACCUCCAUAACCAAACCACCUUAAUGUUUUGCUUAGUUGUCUCGCUAACUAUGUUAGACCUAAUCUUUCUCAGUAUGCUUGUCUAAUUUAGGAUUAUUUGUCAACAGAAAUUUGUGUAAUGUCAGGGUAGAUUUGUUCUUUACUAAUGCUUUUGUACACCCUUUAUGUGUGGUCUAUUAAAGAGAAAGAAGACCUCUCACAUAAAAGGUGUAUUAAGACAAUUGUGAAUAGUUUCAUCAGGUUGGUGAGUCACUGAAUAAAGUCUUUUUACACAACCCUUGCUUUAUUUCUACCAACAAUAUUUGAUGACCGUCUGUCACCUUCUUCAGGGCAAUUCUGACUGGUUCACAUGGUACUGCAGCUAUAGAUGGCGCUGCUUAGUUACAGUAUGAACCUGUCAGAAUUGCUCUGAAGAAGGUGACAGAGGGUCACUGAAACAUCAGUGGAAAUAAAAACAAGGGUUGUGAAAAAAAAAAGAGUUACUUUAGUCAGUGUACACUUGGAGAUUUUUUAGCUUUGGGACCACCAUUGCACUGUGGAUAUUUAUUGUGAAAAGUGAAUAAUUGGUGGUAAUUUCCUGAAAAUAUCUGUCUUAAUCAUUUUGCAUAGCCAGGUAUCGCACCACAUCGCACUAUAAGUAGGGUACACUAGCAAUAAAAGCAAUGCUCACUAGGGGUAAUAUUAUGGCAUUUAACAUUUUAAGAUGCGUUUCACAUUUCCAUGUAAAUAUAUAAUUGAAGAAAGCGGUCAUAAGUGUGUGUAUCGUUGAGAAAUAAGAUUUGGCCAGACGAUAGUUAUUACUGUACAGCUCAAAUGGGGACCAUAUUUUUCAUGUUGUAGGAGAGCAAGCUCCCUCGGAUUUGAAGUGAGAAUGUCUGUAUGCCUGCAAUCGUGUAUAAGAAACAAAUUUGGCAAGAAAGAAACAAAUGGGAUGAUGCCUUACAAUGUGCUCGAAAACGCGCCAGAUAUACAUGAACUGCUGAUAUAUUGAAAUUUUAAUGUAUAAUACCCCCACCCCCACCAUUGUCAAUAAAACAGGUGGCUUUUGCAGCAUAGCACAGUGCCAGUUGCUGAGUGUACAAGAAUUAAGAAAUGCCUCAAUACAAGCAUUUUGUUGUAAUAUGCCUGCUAAAAAUAGUGAAAUGAAGAGAGUAUGCUUGUAGGGGCUUCACUUGUCCAAUUAUUACAGGCACUGUUUUCUGCUGCAAUGGCCACCUACAGGUCCUUAGGGAAUGGUGACAUCUUAUGUCAAUCAAGUUAGUUCAUGACAUCAGUGAAUGGAACAACACUGGGGUUACAAGGAAAAUUUCACAUAUCUUAGCUUUCAUGUACAUCUGAAAACAUGCAAAAAAGCUGCCACAGCCUAACCACUUUUCUCUGCUUUGUCGCCCAGAAUGCUGAUUAAUUUUGCGAGCACUCGUGACAAUCUAAUGUAUUCUGCUCCUCAACAUAUCGUGUGAGAGUACAGGAGAUCAUUGUGAAGGAUAAAUAAUUUGUGAUGGCAGAAUUCUCGUUUCGUGGCGAAGAUAUCAGAAAUUGGUAUUUUUGGAUCAAAAGAAGAAAAGUAUAAGGUAUAGUGGGAAUGGAUCCGUUGUUAAUGUUGGGUAAUUAUUAUCAUUUGCUACUUAGAAAAUUGUAUAUGUACUUAAUUUCCUCGAGGUAUGUGUUGUUUUGCUAGCACUUAUGACUAGGUUAGGUGAAAAAUUGUACUAAAACCCGUGUAUGUUGUACGUAUAGGUUAAUGUUGGUUGAAUGGAGAGCGUAUAGGGCUUGUUUUAUAUAUGAAGGGAUAUCAGGAGUAGGUGCUUUUAACAGUUUUUGUAUAUAAGUACCACUAUUUUUACUGCAAGUAUCGAUGCCGAAGCAGUCUGUCGGAAGGAUGACUUCAAUACAGCCUUUCAUGUGUCUUCACCAGUGUA